AACACAGGCCGUGCGAUUGCAAGUGUUCGCUGGAGUCAGAGAAAGCUUUGAUUUAUACGGAAAGAAAGUGAAAUAGCAAAUCAGAGCAGAGCUAUGGCGGAGGAAGAGAACGGGAUCGUAGCGAAACCAAGAGCCAAGAAAGAGAUUGCUCCAGGGAGGUUGAUCGAUACCUAUGCAGCACAAUGCGAAAACUGUCACCAGUGGAGAGUCAUUGAUGGCCAGGAGGAGUACGAGGACAUCAGAAGUCGAAUGAUCGACGACCCAUUCACCUGCGACAAGAAACAAAUCUCUUGCGAAGACCCUGCGGAUCUCGACUACGACUCCUCUCGAACCUGGGUCAUCGACAAGCCUGGUCUCCCCAAAACCCCCAAAGGUUUCAAGAGGAGCCUUGUCCUCCGCAAAGACUACUCCAAGAUGGAUACUUACUACUUCACUCCUACCGGCAAAAAGCUUAGGAGCCGCAACGAAGUAGCUUCCUACGUUGAAGCCAAUCCUGAAUUCAAGGGUGCGCCUCUUGAAGACUUCUCUUUCACUGUCCCCAAGGUGAUGGAGGACACUGCUCCUCCUGAUCCUAAGGUUGCUGCCUCUCCCGUUGCUAAGGUUGCGUCUCCUGUUGUUGCUGCUGCUACACCUUCUGAUGAUGAUGUUUCGGACAAGAGCGCCAAAUCCAAGGAAUUCAAAGGAAAAUUUAAGCUUGAAGAAGAUACCCUCUCCGGUACUCCACACGUUUCUCCUGCUCCCUAAUCUUAAUGCAUUGCUUAGUUUGUUUGUAGAUUUGUGUUUCUUUUUUUUGUCUCAGACUGUUAUAUGAUAUAAUCUACUAAGUUGGAUAUUUUUAUU